GCACAAACCCCACGCCGCGAAGCGAAAGCUGCGAAACCCUCCCCAAUGGAUCCCAAGGCGGCGGCGAAGGCGAAGCGCUCGCACACGGUGCGCGCGCGGCGCGCCCACCAGACCCCCGCCGCCGCUGCCGCCCACAGGCAGAAGCGCGCGGAAGCCGCUGCCGGCGGCCCCCGCAGCCGUAUCCUCCCCUCGAACUGGGACCGCUACGACGACGAAGCCGAUGCCGCCGGCGGCGAUGACUCCGCGGCCCCCUCGGAAUGGACCGGCGAGGUGGCGCCGCGCAGCAAGGGCGCCGACUUCGGCUUCCUGCUUGAGCAGGCGCGAGCUCAGCCCCGCGAGGCGCCGGGCCUCGGCGCGCCGUGGCUCGCCUCCCAGGAUUCGCCAUUUGAUUUUAUGCAGGCUUCAACCUCUAUGCUUGAAGCUAAAGGUGAAGAGAUUUUGUCCUGGUGUGAUGAUGACAACUUUAUAUUAGAGGAUGAUUUAGCACCUGAUUUUGAGGUGCCUUUCCUCUCCAUGGAUCUGCAUGCAUUGGCCACCCAUCUUUCAAAGCUGAAGCUGUCUGAGAGGCUUUUCUUAGAAAAAGAUCUCCUACCUGAGGAUCUGGUUGUUGCAUCUGAGGUCAACCAAAUACAGAUUCAAUGUGGCACAGAUGUGGGUAGUGAUGCUAAAGGCAGCUCAGUUCAUCAGAAAGGUAUAGGCAUUCAUGAUUAUGACAACAUUCAUUGUGAUGAUCAAAUGAAAACAGACUGUCAGUUGAAUUAUUUUGAAGAAGAUAAAUCCACAUCAUCACCCAACACUAGUUCUCACUUUGUGCGUUCGGACACUGGAGAAGAUAAGAGCAAUAGUGAAGCGGCAAAGUUUGAAGUGGUUUCUGCAGAAGAAGAACUUGACAUGCUUCUUAAUACGCUUGGUGGAACUCGUCUUUCUGGCUCCAAUUUAGAUGAAUCGUUUGGAAACAAAUCAACACUGCAAGAUGUGAAAGUCAACCAACCAGAUAAGAAAGUUACACCUAGCACUUUAUCCAAAUCGUUGGUGACUGUUCCUUGUGAUGAUGCUCUAGAUGACUUGCUUUCAGAGAGUUCCCUGACUGUCCAGAAUGAAGGUUUUUCUGAAACAGACUCAACGUCUAAACCAACUACUAAGGACCACAAUAUCGAAAUCAGAUACGCUAACCAGAUAGAUAUAACUACGUCUAUUGAUGAUUUGGUGGACGACUUGCUCACAGACACUUCAUUGUGCUUGAAUGAACAGAAGCAAAUUACAUCUGCUCAGGGCAAAGACAAGAUCUCAAGUGGUAGUAUUGCUCCUAAUUCCGGCCCCUCAAAUGCAUCUGAUGAUUUCGAUUCAUGGUUUGAUUCUCUCUAGAAAGGAUCUUCAUGUUGAAGAAGUUUCAGUUGAAUCAUUUACCACAGUGCGGAGGCCCGUUGCACUUAUAUUGACUCAAAGAUUUAGUUUAUAGCUUUCAGGAAAGCUGUCUUUUGAAGCUCACAUACCAAUUUUGGAGGUUCACUGCAGAACAAGAGAUGAUACACCGGCAAGUGGAACAUUCUAAAGGCCUGGUUCCCAUCGCCCCAUGGCUUCCACUUUUUACUGUCUGCACGUGUCAAUUCAGGGCGAAGUCUUUGCUAUGAUGUCAGCCUUCUGUAGUCUGUACCAUACUAUGUUGGACUUUACUGAAACAAAACUAAUUCUAACAGUUUGGUCUCCAUUUUUAUCGAUGUUAAGUAUCAUAUAUAUUACUUACCUAUUCUCUCCACACUACAAAUGUAUUCAGCAUCAUGCUGAUGUUUAUCUUCCAUGAUAUAUAUGCAAUCCAAACCUUUAUGGUCUUCUGCUCAACAGUCAACAGUGCUUCAGAUGGAUUCAAACCGUUCAACUGUAAAUUUAACUCA